AUGGAAGAGAAAAAUGUUAAUUUGAAAACCGGUGAUUUGGUUACAUUUUUUUCAGAACAAGAAGAGGAAGAUGGAUACUUUAGUAAAUCACAUGACAGUGCAGUAAUGUCAAAUAAUAAAUCAAAAGAUUGUGUUUUUAAAGUUUAUCCAUUCACUCAAUAUACAGCUAGAAAAGCAUUAAAAAAGAAAGCAAAAAGAAAAUUACAACAACAACAAGCAGAUGGUGCUGAUGCUAAUAAUACAAAUAGUAGUAGUGGUGGUGGUAAUAGUAAUAAUAAUAAUAAUAACAAUAGUAAUAGUAGUAAUAAUAAUAAUAGUAGUAAUAAUAAUAAUAAUAAUAAUAAUAAUGGUACAACUAAUGCAAAUGGUGAAAAUGUUAAUAAUGAAGUUACAGAUUUAGAAUUAAAACAAUUAGAAGAAUAUCAAGAUUUAGAAGAUGUUAGUAAUGAAUCUACAUUGAUACAAUUGGAAGGUCGUGAUUUAGUGUAUGGUCAAAUCGUACAAUUAUAUCAACCAAGUAGUAAUCAAUUUCUAUUCGCUCGUAAUAAUAUAGUUGGAUUUAGACAGGAUGGUAGUCAAAAAUGUUAUUUUAAGAUAACACCUCGAUUUCAGAAUCAAGAUGGUUGUAAAGUGUUUAGUGAAGAUUUAGUAUUAUUACGUCAUGAAAAGACUGGUCUUUUCUUGAACCAACAGAAUUUCAUAAUUGAUCAAGGUGUGUUUGGUAUAGGUCUAAGUGAGAAUGGUACAUUUUGGAAAAUGGCUGUUUCAGAUGUCGAUGGUAAAAGUGGACUAAACAUUCUAAAAGCAAAUGAACCAUUUCGUUUAUUUCAUAGAGAAGGUGGUUUCGUUAAAGUUUCAAAUGAUAAAACUACUUUUACCUAUAAUACAAAAACACCUUCUUCAAUAAAUUCAUUAUUUGAAAUUGAAUUUGAAAAUAAUAAUUUAAUUUCACCAUUAUUAAGAUCUCAAAAAGAUUUACAAUUACAACAAAAAGAUAAUACUGAUCAAUUACAACAACAACAACAAAAAGAUAAAGAUAAAGAUAAUCCAUUAAAACAAUCAUAUGGUUCACUUUCAAAUUCAAACAUUUUAUUACAAAAUAAUAAUAAUAAUAAUAAUAACAAUAAUAGUAAUAAUAAUAAUAAUAGUAAUAAUAAUAGUAAUAAUAGUAAUGGUAAUAAUAGUAAUGGUAAUAAUAAUAAUAAUAAUAGUAAUAAUAUUUUUACAUCAAAUGAAGUUCAUAUUGGACAAAGUUUUUGGAUACGUUUAGUUGGUACAAAGAAAUAUUUAUCAUUAAAAGAAUCAAGUGAUGAUUCAUUAAAGGAUAAUCCAUUAAUUGUAGUAACAGAAGAUCAAAAAUAUUCGCCAAGUGCAACAUUUUCAUUUGUAAAAAGAGAUAAAGCAAAUGAAGAUGUUAUUUUUGGUUCAUUUGUUCGUAUUCAAUCUUUAUCAAAACAAUAUUUACAUUUUAUUUCUGAUGAAACAUUUCAUCAUAAUGGUGAAUUAGUUGGUAGUAAAAAAUAUUAUAAAAAUGAUGAUUUUCAAAUUAAACAGAUUCCAAAAUCACAAUUGGAAGAUUAUGGAUUUGUAUUAUCAAGAAUUAAUAAGAUUCAAAAUUAUUUAUAUCAAUCUUCAUCGAAUUCAUCAUCAUCAUUAAUGAGUAGCAUUAAUGGUAUUGGACAAUCUAGUUUUUCUUCAUUGGCUGGUGCCACUACUACAACCACUAAUAGCGGUGGUAGUAAUAAUAUUAAUAAUAAUAACAAUAACAAUAACAAUAAUAAUAAUAAUAAUAAUAAUAAUAAUAAUAAUAAUAAUAAUAAUAAUAUUGAUAAAAAGAGAGCAACAGUUCAAGAAAUUAAGGCUAUAAUUGUUGAAUUUAUUAAAUUUUGUACACAAUCAGAAGUUGAAGAUCCAUUAGAUCGUGAAGGUACACCAAUUAAAACUCAUCAAAAACUUUUAUCACAUCCAUCACAUUUAUCAGUUUUAUUGGAUUAUUUAAAGAGAUUAUUCGAACCAUUUGAUCCAGCUUCUAUUUUAUUCGUUUAUAGAUUAUUAAAACAAAUGGCGAAAUCAAAUAUAAAGAAUGGUAUAAUUAUUAAUGAACAUUUGGAUCAAAUUAGUCCACCAUCGAUACGUGAUAAAACGAUACCAUUGCAUUUUGGUGCGAUUCUCUAUGAAGUCUAUAAAAAUAAUAAUAUACUACUAGAGGCAUUGACAGAGGAUAAGGUACAAGAGUUUAUCAAUGUAAUUAAACAAAAAAAGGAACCAAAAUAUAUGGAGCUCUUAAGUGAGAUUUGUAUUUGUUAUGGUAAACCAAUUGUAAAGAAUCAGCAAUACCUUUGCGAUUUACUCUUGGAAAAGAAUUCAAACCUUCUUUUCAAGACAAGGGUGAUCGGUGGUAGUUUAGAAAUUGAGAGACAAAAUCCUGCACCCAAAUGGGUGGACAUUACUGCGUUUGCUCUGUCUGUCGAUGAGAAAACUCAUAGAUAUUUCGAACAGUCUUUAGCACUCUAUUCAAACGUUUCAAAAGGUAGAAAUUAUAAUGGUAUUCGUUUAGUUGGUCAGAGGAUAACUCAUAAGGAGUGUUUAUUAGCUUUGAAAGAGGAAUCAUUACCAUAUAGUUUACGUGGUUGUUAUAUCAAUAUCUUAAUUCACGUCUAUAUGGAUUGCCAUCCACAACAUUAUGUACCACAAAUUAACUAUGUUUGGAAUCCAUCAAUUGUAAAUAAUACUAAAACCAUUGAAUUGCUUCAACUUUAUCAACAAUAUAAUAUUACAGGUUCUUUACAUCAAAGAAAUAGUUCAAUUCAAAAUCCAUACAGUACAGUUAGUAAUGGUAAUAUUUCAAUAUCUUCAAAUAAUCCAAUAUCUACUACAAACACCACUACUGGUAGUGGUGGUGGUGGUGGUGGUAGUGGUUUUAUGCCAACAGUCGGACCAUCAUAUGGUCAGGCUUCAAGUCCAUUAAGUAAUGGAGCAAUUGUAAAUAGUUUAGCCUCAACAAAUUUAAAUAAUCAAACACCAACAUCUUUAAAUUUAUUUAAUUUAAAUAGUCCAAAUAAUACUACCACUACUACUAAUAAUAGUACGAAUAACACAACGAAUAAUAAUACGAAUAAUAAUAAUAAUAAUAAUAAUACGAAUAGUUUAAUAACAUCAACGACACAUUUAAUUCAAUUAGUUUCACCACAACAAAAUAAUAAUAGUAAUAAUAAUAAUAAUAAUAAUAUAUUAAAUUCAAUACCGACUAGUCCAAUUGUUGGAUCAACAAAUCAUGGACAAUUAUCACAUAGUGGUAGUAAUCAAACACCAUUAUAUCAACAACAACAACAACAACAACAACAACAACAACAACAAAAUUCUUUAUCAUUAUUUAGAGAAGAUGAUAUAUUUAGUACAUUUGUAAAUUUAGAGAUACAAGCAGAUAAAGAACCAUCAACAACUACUCAAUUAUUAAUUAGUUUAUUAUCAAAAUCUGAAUAUUUUUCAAAUUUUAAUAAUGGAUUCCCAACAUCACAUAGACCACAAUUAGCAUUUUUUCAUAAGAUUUUAAUAGCAGUUGGAUAUGCAUUUAAAUUUGGAUUCUUUAGAAAGAAGGAAAGAGUAUUGUUAAAGAGAUUAAGAUACAUUUUAGAGUUUGAACAUGAACCUGUAAACACAUUCAAAGAGGUCGAUUUGGGUAGAACAAUGGGUGGUUCAAGAAUGUUGGAGGAUGAAUCUGUAAUUUAUGUUUCAAUAAAGAUUGAAAUUGUAAAUAUUCUUCAUCUAAUGUUAUCAUUUCAAAAAAAGAAUAUUAUGGAUGUUUUCUUAUACGAUUUUUCAAAUAUGUCUCAAAGUGCUUUCUCUCAACCUGAAAAUGUAAAAAAUCAACUCAUCGAUAGAUUAACAACCAACUAUCAGAGAGAUGGUCAUCAAGAUCUAUCUUUGUGUACAGUAUUAUUCAAAUUGUUAAAACAUGAGAAUAAUCAAUUAUCAAGUUUAUCAUUAUCCCUAUUGAAUAGAAUCUAUAAGUAUCGUUCAAUCUAUGCAAUGUUAUGGAGUCCAAUUCAAAAGUUAUUCCUAUUACCAAAUGAGUUAACUCCAACCUAUAAAGAAUCUUUACAAAAAAUGGAAUCAUUAACUGUAACUUGUUUUGCACCACUCACUGAUGAUUCAACUCAAGAAUCAUUACGUUCAUUAGCUUUCUUUAUUCAUUUAGUUACAGACUCUGAUCCUAUUAAAUUAGUUAAAAAUCAAAAAUUACUUCAUGUUAUUGGUGUUCAUAAAACAAUUAUUGGUGUACUUAAAAUUGGUUGUUCUUUAGAUGAUUUAAUUUUAGAUCAAUCACAACCACAACAUUCUCAACAACAACAACAACAACACCAACAACAACCAAUAAAUAUAUCAGGUUCAAUUGAUGAAUCAUCUUCAACAAUACCACCAUUAACAACAACAACAACAACAACCACUACAACUACUACAACUACAACAACAACACAACAAUCAAUUAAUUUUAAAUCAUUAUUAAAUUCUAAAACAAAUUCACAAUCAAUUCACGUCGCAAAAAUUUUUAGAAGUUGUUAUGAAUUUUUAAAAGUAUUUUGUCGUGAUAAUAGAGAGAAUCAAAAAGUAUUAUUUGGUGAAAUUGAAUUUUUAAUUGGUCAUUUAAUUAGAUAUGGAAAUGUAUUUGGUACUGUUGAAACAUUGAUUGAAGUUUUUAAGAAUAAUAUUGAAUUGGCAAUUAAUUUUGGUAAUUCACCCUACUUAAAACUUUUAGUUAAAUUUAUUAUCAACUUAUCAAUCGAUCAAUUGGAUCCAAUGUUUCUAAGAUUAUUAUCAGUUUUAAUUUUACCAUGUAAUGAAAAUUCAGUUAUAGAGAAUCAAAUUUCAGUUACAAACCUUUUCAAAGAAUAUAAAUCAAAGAUUUCAAAAUUAUUAGUACCAAUUAGUACAAUGAAAGAAGUAAUGAAAGAUCCAAAAUUAUUAUCAAAACAUUAUAAUGUAAACUCUUCAAAUGUUUAUAAAUUACAUUUAGCAUUACAAGAAAUAUUAAAUCAUUCUUUAAAUGAUGAUGGUGCAGGUAUUGGUAUUGGUACAACUGUAAUUGGUGGUAGUAUUAUUGGUGGUUCAAUUACAACAACUGCUCAAACUAAUAUAAAUACAAUAACAAAUACACCAACAAAUAAUAAUAGCAAUAAUAGUAAUAAUAAUAAUACAACAAAUAAUAAUGGUACAAUAUCACAUCGUCAUUCUAAUAGUACAAAUACUACACAAUCAGUUUAUCCUAGAUUAAUUAGAUCAUCAGCAAAAGCACAAAUUGUAAAUUCAUCAGUUGAAAUUUUACCAAAAGAAUUUGUAAUUAAUUUAGAAUUAAUUUUAUUAUUGAAAGCAUGUAGUCAUGGUAUUAAUACACCAACCGAAGUAAUUUGUAGAGAAUUUUUAUCAAUGGGUGAAUGUUUUGAUAUUUUAAUAGUAAGAUCUGAUGGUAAUGGUAAAGAGAAUAGUAGUUUAAUGAUAAAUGAAACUAAAGAAUAUUUAGAGAAUAAUUUAUUAUUUAGAUUUAAAUCGGCCUAUUUAUCAUUUUUACAUGAGGUAUUCUUUAAUUCCGAUACAUUGAAAGGUGAUCUAUUGGCAUUACAAUUAAAUCAUGAUCUUUGGAGUUUAAUCGACCAAUUUACAAAUCAAUUAAAUCAUUUAGUCACCAUUUGUGCCAUGAAUCAAAUGGGUCAAUUGUAUUACGUUCAAAUGGCUAGAAAUAUCAUUAUACCAAUGGUGUCGGUAUUGGAGAGAUUCUAUUCUCAAUGUUUUUAUUUUGACAAGGCAACUCAAAUCCAUUUAACCUAUAGUGGUCGUUUGAUGGCAAGUCUUAUGAAACUCUAUUGGAAGGAUCCAUCAUUGACAAUACCAUUCAAUCAACAAAACACAAGUCGUUAUCAAUCCUCUUUGAAUAUGUCCCCUACAAACUAUGAUGAUAGUGAUACUAGUGAAGGCGGUUAUCAUCCAAUACUUCAAGGAUUGGAUCCCGAGGAAAGGGUAAACAUCUAUUCGAAUCUAGUCAAAUGUUUGAAAGCUAUGGAUAGAUCUGCACUCUCUCCAAUCGUUCCAGCAAGUGUUUCAACUAUAAACAUUUCAAAUGUUAUCAAAGGUUGUGAAGAUGUGAUCAAUCGUACUGAACAUCCAAACUCUAGAAAUAGAACUGAAACCAUUGAUUCUUCAAAUUCUUCACCACCAUUAAUUCUAUCAAAAUCUUCAUCAAUCUAUAUCGAUUUCACAAGAUUAAAUAAUUUUGUUAAACUUUCAAAAAUUCGUGGUUAUACUGAAAUUGCAAUGAUGGUAAAUCAAUCAUUAUCAAUUACACCAUUUAUAAUUAGUCAUCCAAAUUAUAAUUCAAAUAAUAGUAAUAAUGGUAAUAAUAAUAAUAAUAAUAACAAUGGUGGUGGUGGUAAUGGUAAUGGUGGUACAAUUCGUAGUAAUAGUUAUAUUAGUGGUGGUGGUGGUGGUUCAACAACUAAAAGAAGAACAUCACGUAAUAAUUCAAAUAUUUCAGAUAUUAGUAAUAGUGGUAAAGGUGGAUCAACAAUUUCAAAUCGUUUUCAAAAUUCAUUUUCAAAUACAUUUAUUCAACAACAACAAAUUGGUAUUACAAAUCAACGUCAUAUUAAUAGUGGUAAUACAAAUAUUGUUACAACGGUUACAUCGAAAUCUACAAAUUUUUUAGAGAUUUUAGUAUUCCAAUUAAGAAAUUCAUUAUAUGAUAAUGAUGAAAUGAAAAUCAAUUGUAUUAGAAUUCUAUCGUCAUUGUUAUACAUUAAUAAAGAAAGAAAACCAGAUAUUCAAAAUAUUAUGACCGAUCUUUAUUGUCAUUCCGCUGUAAUUGGUUUAUUAAGUUCAAAGAAUAUUGAAAUUCAAUUCGAAUCAUUGUCUUUGCUAUUGGCAUUAUUGGAUGAUAGUGUCAAUGUUGAUAAUCCAUUACCAAAUCCAAAGGUAAAAGAUGAUAUUCAAAGUCAUUUCUCAUCAUCACCAGAUAUUCAAUUCUUUAGAGAUAUCUAUGCAAUGAUUGAACGUGCUAAAAUUAAUUUAAGAGAUACAAAACGUAAUAUUCAUCGUAUUGAACAUGUUAAAAUGGGUAAUAAUACUGUACUUGGUGGUAAUUUAACUUCAAAAAAUUCAAUUAAAUCUUCAAUAAAUAAUGGCAAUAAUAGCAAUAAUAACAAUAAUAGAAAUGGUCGUGUAAUUGAUGGUUGUGAAACAAACCCAUAUAGUACAGAAUUUCAAUUACUUCAAAAUAUAUUUCGUGUACUACAAUUACUUUGUCAAGGUACAACAAAUAUCUUUAAAAAGAGUAUUAGAUCACAACCUGAUAAUUAUAAAAGUUAUGAUAUUUUGAAAGAGAUGUGUCAAUUUUUAAAGAUUUUAGAAACAAUUGUAAAUAUCGAUAGUGAUUCAAUUGAACUUGGUCUUAGAUUCUUUGCUUGUAUGAAAGAAAUCGUUAAAAAUACACCAGAGAAUCAAAUUGCAGUUACCAAUGUUCAAGUUUGUAAAGCCGUUUGCAACAUUUUAAAGAAAACCAAAGAAAAUGAUCCAUCAAAAGAAUUGAAAGAAUUGAAAUAUUUAGAUUUGAAAAUUGAAGUUGUUGAUUUUCUUUUACAUGUAAUCGAUAAAGAGGAUCCAAGAGUUAUGAGUAAACUAAUUCCAGAGUUGGAUUACAAAGUCAUUGAAUCAAAUACUCAAGUCAUUAGUCAACGUUCAAAUCAUGAAACAAAUGAAAAAUCAAUUAAAUUGGCUUCAAUGACAUUUAGAUUAAUUAAAAUCUUGGCAGAUAAUGAUAAAUCUCAUAAUAUUCAAUUGGAAGAUUGUCUAUUAAAAUGUGGUGAACAUUGUAAAUCUAGAAUUGGUAGAGUUGAAUUACUCUAUCAAAAUAAAUUGGAACGUAUUUAUUUCCCAAUUCCAAACUAUAGUAGAAGAUUAAUUUUAGAAGAUAAAGAACAAUCAAAAAUUAAAAAUGAUGAAAAUUUAUUACAAGAGAAUUUAGAAGAACAUUUCAUAAAUAAUAAAAUCUCUUGGAAUAAAGCAACUGAAAAAAUUGAUGCAUUUAUGGAUUAUUCUGAAUAUAAAUUAAUUGAAUUAGAACAUUUACAUAAUUUAAAAUUAAAUUCAAUGUCAUAUUAUUUAGUAUCACAUACAGAUAAAUUUAAAUUUUUAUCAUUCUUUUUAGCAUUAAUAAUUAAUUUAUUAUUAAUUAUUUAUUCAAUUAAUUCACCACCAGAUUUAAAACAAUUCAAAAGUGAUAUUAGUGAUGAUUAUGGUAUUGCUUCUUGGUGGGCUGGAUUUUUACCACUUACAAUCUUACAAACGAUUUGUUGUAUUUUAGCAUGUGUUGGUUUCUUUUUAAGAAAAGGUCCAGUACUAUUAUAUCAAAAUUGGGUAAAUUAUUUAAAAACUCAUGGUCAUAAAAAGAAUUUUAUGUUUUAUACAAAUGAUCAAAGAAUGCAUUCAUUAAGACAAACAUUUAAAUAUAAAUUUAUACCAUUAAAUGCAAAAUUUUUAAUGACAGAUUUAAAAGCAGUUUAUAAUAUAUUAGCAGUUAUUUGUUCAGUACUUGGUAUUAUAUAUAGUCCAUACUUUUUUGCAUUUCAUAUAUUUCAAUUUAGUUUGAAUACUAAAGCACUUUCACUUGUAUUAAAAGCCAUUACAAUGAAUAAAAAGACAUUAUUAGUUAUGGGUGUAUUUAUUUUACAAGCCAUUUAUUUAUUGUCAAUAUUUUCAUUCGUUUGGUUUCAAGAACAUUAUAAAGAUGAUGAUAGUGAAUAUAUGUGUGGUUCAUUACUACAAUGUUUUAUUACAAAUCUUUAUUAUGGUGUACCAUCACAAGGUCAAUUAAUUCAAUUUAUUAAAUACAAUUUCCCAAAUAACUAUUUAAAUACAACCGAUUCAACAGGUUCACCAACUUUGGAGCCAAUAAAAACAAGUAAUACCGUUUCAGCUAGAAUCAUUGGUUGGACAGUUUUUAAUGUUGCUUUUUAUGUUGUAAUUUCACUUAUACUCUUAAAUGUAAUCUUGGGUAUUAUCGUCGAUACAUUUGGUCAACUUCGUGAUCAAAGAGCAGAGACUGAAGAUUACAAAUCAAAUGUUUGUUUCAUUUGUUCAAUCGAGAGAGAAACUUUCCAAAAGAAUUCAAUAGAGUUUAAAAAACAUAUCGAAGAUGACCAUAACAAAUGGCAUUAUCUCUACUUUUUCGCUUAUCUCAAAGAAAGAUGUACCAAUAAUCAAAUGAAUCAAUUAAGUGAACUGGAAUGUAGUAUAGCCGAUGGUAUUACAAAUCGUAGUUAUAUCUCUUUCUUUCCAAUUGAAAUGUCAAUGUCACUACAAGGUAUUGAAAAUGCUAAUCGUAAAAAAGAAGAAUCAAUCGAUCAACAUGCUAAAUUACUUGAUGAUGUUGAAAAGAAAAUAACUCACAAUAUUUCAACUCAAUUUAAUCAAUCAAUUUCUUUAUUAAUUGAUGAAAUCAAAAAUUUAAGACAACAAGUUAGUGAUUUAAAACAACAACAAAAAUAA